GGCGUUGAACUUGUGCGUGUGUUUCUCUCUCCGUGCCACGACUCGCCGUUCCUUGUCCAUUUUGUGAAAGCAGGCAGAAGCGGUCUGCUGCGGUGUCACAAAGGCCUCCGAGCGCAUUCCCAUGUGCCAUUUGCCUCGUCUCGUCCUCUGCGGCUCGCGGUCGUGUCUGUGAGACGCUGCCCACUGCGGACUGAGCGGUGUAAGAUCUCGCGAGAGCUCCGGCGUGCGCUGUAGCUGGCCGUGGCUUUGCAGCAGACAGAGGGAGAAGGCAGGCAGGCAGCAUCAUGGCGGACAGAGACAGUGGUAGUGAGCAGGGAGGAGCAGCCACGGGCCCAGGCUUCGGUUCCAUGCAACCAGCGACAGGAGGGGCGGGCUCGGCAACUGGGCUCCAGCACGAGACACAGGAGCUGGCGUCGAAGCGGGUUGACAUCCAAAACAAACGCUUCUAUUUGGACGUGAAGCAGAACGCGAAAGGCCGCUUCUUAAAGAUAGCAGAAGUCGGGGCCGGUGGAAACAAGAGCCGCCUCACUCUCUCCAUGUCCGUGGCGGUCGAGUUCCGUGACUACUUGGGGGACUUCAUCGAACAUUACGCCCAGCUGGGUCCGAGCAACCCGGCGCUGGUGCAAGACGAGCCCCGGCGAGCACUCAAAAGCGAGUUCUUGGUCCGAGAGAAUCGGAAAUACUAUAUGGAUCUGAAAGAGAACCAGAGGGGACGGUUCCUGAGGAUUCGACAGACCGUUAACCGGGGGCCCGGUUUGGGAUCCACGCAAGGCCAGACGAUCGCUUUGCCUGCACAGGGACUUAUUGAGUUUCGUGACGCUUUGGCUAAACUUAUUGACGAUUACGGUGUAGAGGACGAACCUGCAGAGUUGCCCGAAGGGUCAUCAUUGACUGUGGACAACAAGCGGUUCUUCUUCGACGUCGGAUCCAAUAAGUACGGGGUGUUCAUGAGGGUGAGCGAGGUGAAGCCAACGUACCGCAACUCGAUCACGGUGCCCUACAAAGUGUGGUCCAAAUUUGGGAAUACUUUCUGUAAAUAUGCCGAGGAGAUGAAGAAGAUCCAGGAGAAGCAGCGCGAGAAGAGGGCAUGCGAGCAGCAGCAACAAGAGGAGAUGCAGGCGGACGAUGGAGACGAGGAUUGAUAUAGAUAGCAACAAAACUAAACAAAAAAACAUGCAAGAGUAAUGAAAAUAACAAGAGAAAUAUAAUUAAAAACUCUACUGUACAAAGAAAGAAAUCUAAAGAUUUAACUGUAAUGGUUUAACUCCAAGGGAGCAUCACCCACAAUAUAAACCUCCACAACCUGACAGUUAUGACAUGUUGUCACUCAUCGCUGGAUGUUACCCCACUUAUCCACCAUUAAUACAGUAACAGGCUGCUAAACAAAGUAAUAACAUUAUAUUUGAACAUUGUUUCGUACUUGACAAACAAUAUUGAACUGAGUGUUUAUUUCCCUUAUUAACAGAAAACUUUUGUACCAGUUAAAGCUAUUGUAAAAAAAAAAAAAAAAAGAAAGAAGUGUCUACAAUGUUCGAACCGGAGGAAAACCCUGUUUCCUGUUCUCACGUGAGCUAAUGACUUCAGCACAAAUCGGAUAUUCUUAAUUUUCAAAAAACAAAAUUUGAAAAACUCGGUAAAAGGUUGUUGCGUGUACUUGCCAUCCUAUUUCCCUUUUACCUGUGAGUAGAGAUGUGUUUACACAUUAAUCAUAUGAGGGCUAGGCCUGCUUCGAAAACUGGUUUUAGAUGUCAUGCAGUAUAAAAAGGACCAUUUAGGCAUUUUCAUCCAAUGAAAUAAGUGCUCUAUUUGUCGUGCAAUAUGCAUUGCAUAAAAAUCAAAUAUAUAUUGAACUGGUCGACGGCUCUCGGUGACGUUUGCCAGAGGCAUUCAAAGAAAUAUUAAUAUUGUAGUUUUGUUUCAGUUGACAUUGUUGCCAUGCGGAUGGAUAUAUUAUAGACUACCUUUGUGUCUCGUUGUUAAUGCAAUGUGUUCAUUUUAAAAAAGGUACUAAAUGUGUAAUCGAUAGAGGAAACGCAGUGACGACGUGUAGCAAAUGGCCUGAAUUGCAGAUUUCUUAACAAGACAAACACCCGACACACUGUGCUGAUUGGCGUAGUGGUCUGAAAAAAACUAACAAAAAAAAAAGAAUCAAAAAAUUCAGCAGAGCAUUAUUGGUUAGUACAUCUGAAACAUCUUGUGAUCUUGUUCAAGUCAUAAAAGUCCAAAUGGGGCCAAGGAGUGCUGUUGCUGCAUGUUAAUCUGCACUAAGAUAGAUUUCGUUGGUUUUCCCAAAAUAUUGGCUCAAGGACUCUUCCAUACGUAUCUUUAUCCGCCUGUAGUGUACCGAUCUCAAGUUGGAGUACUGAGUGAUUUCCAUCCAAAGGCUUGGUGUAGUUGUAGUGGAAGUUGUUUUCAAAGUGCGAUCGUGAAAGGAGUGACCUUGCAAACAGAAAUCGAAAUAUCACCAUCGAGGUGAGGAGGGUUCAGUUCACCCACUGGUGAACCUUCAGCAGUGUGUCAGUGGAUUUGCCCUCUAAGUUUAAGACCCGAAGGUGUGAAGUUCAGUGGACACACAUCCAUAGCUCCACUUUAGAUUUGUAAGCAUAUAUAUAAAAACCGGGGAGGGGGUGAUGAGAUUCUGUUUUGGUCUAAUUGUAAAUAUUUGGGCUGCCACACGGAAAAACAACUGGUUUCCAGAGCAGUUCGGUCGCAUCUCAUAGAUGUGUGAUAGCAGUUUUAUAAACUCUGUCAGUAAACUCCAGAGAAACUGGCAACAAUCAGAUAAAUGUCAGAUUUACCUCAGAAUUUAACGAUCGCUCCCCUGUUUAGAUUGACUGGAAACGAGCAACCUAGACGGUCCUCGACCACCUGUUUCUGGAGCCUCUGGUAGAGCCUGAACGAUACCUGAUUGGGAGCAUCCUCUUCAGCUUACAUGCUGGCCUGGUGCCUUACACGCUCCGCAUGCUUACACGCUGGCCUGGUGCUUUGGAUCGCAGUUUGGCUUCUUUUGGUUAUCGUUUCCUCUCUCUUUCUUCCAGUUUUCUUUUUUUUUUGUGUGUCUCAGCCCUCUUGUGUGUGCUAGCGCACACAAUCUCUUAACCUUUCUUUUAUUUUUCUUUCCUCCUGCUACCCUUCCUUCUUUCCUAACCUCAUUGCCAUCCCCAUUCUCCAGCCAUCCAGGUAUCGGCCUACAUGUAAACAUGGAAAGGGAGGCGGUCACCUAGAUGCAAGAUGAUGCAGAGGAGUUGGCUCUUCACUAGCUCAGCGCUUUAGCGGUGGAGGGGGGAGCAAGGGGCCGAUUGGGAACAUCAGUAGUAAUAAUAUCAAGUAUCGUUGACAGGCCCUCCCUUUUGAAACGCUCAUUCUACGGCUUGGGUAGUUAUGUGUAAGUUGUGAGUCGCUCAAUUAAUGGGGAGCAGCAAGCAUGUCUUGCUUUCUUUCUUUUCUUGUUUUUUCUUAGUUUUACCUUUUCAGCGUUAUUCCACGUUCUUUGUAAUUUUGGAAUGUUUUUCGCCCACAAAAAAUAUAUCUAUUUUUUCUGUGCAACAUUUCAUCACUGUGUGCAAUAUCGUAUGUGCCAAUGGUGGCAAUAUAUGUAUAUCAAUUAAAUAUAUGAUUACUAUUUGAAAGCAUGUGGCUGAAUUCCAUGUUUAUUUCUCAUGAAGGAGUUGUAUGCCUUUAUUUGCACUCAAAGCUCCAUCCUGGAGGAAAAUAUAGUAAACCAAGGUCUUAGCAGCCUGUCGGGUUAAGCAGUUCACAUAAGUACUUUAACUUGAAAUGCUCACUGCAAGUAUGCCUCUCUUUAGGAAAAGGCCCAACUUGGCUUAGUGGGUUGUUGAAGGUAGACUAUAAACACACAAUGGGAGUUUUUGUGAAAAGGAAAACUUUAAAAAAAAACGAGUGAAAUCUCUAUUUUAGCUUUAAGCUAAGAAAAGGUGCUUCAGUCAAAUUCUCAUUAAGGUGUAUGGUGAACUGUCUUCAGUGGUUGUCGUGUGUAGCACUUUGCUUUCCCAGGUUUUAAUGAAAUGCCUGACCAAUACUUGUUUAAAAUUAUCUCAACAAAGAAUGUCUCUUAUUUUUCUUUUUUAAGAUAAAGAAAGUAUUUGAUUUGCUCAUUUGGUUUUGAUGCAUUAAAUAUAAUUUAUGUACAUUUGACAAAUUUCAAAAAUAAAUUUAAUUUACCCAAUGAGGGAAAAAUCUACAUUGAAAAUGUACGUGUUCUUUAUGUUUCGUUUCUUGUUGGAGACAAAAAAAAAAAAAAAGACCUUCUCAAAAUGUCCUCAAUUCACUGAUGAAGAGUAUGUUUGAUUUUGAUGUAGUGUUGUCCACAAUGUCUGACUACAUUUACAAUGAUACUAAUUACUAAAGCUUAAUUUUACAGCCUUUAAAAUGCAAACUUUGCAAUGACAAGUUACUGAUGACUCAUGUCUUCUUAGCAAUUUCAACAUUAGUGCUGUAUGUAUAAUACUGGGCUGUAAAAUAAAGCAUUACUUUGUUCUCUAA